AUGAAUCUCUGUCGCUUAUGUGGUGAAGAAAAAAGUCCACUUGACUUUAACAUUGAGUUAAGUGAUAAAUCUCAUCUAAAUUGGAAUUAUCAUGAAUUAAUAGAACAUCACACUCGAGUAACAUUGAAAGUUAAUAAGCUUUUACCUCAAGGAGUUUGUGAAGAAUGUCGAAGUUUGGUUGAGGAUUUUGCUGUGUUUUCAUUAAAAGUCCAAGAAGUUCAAAAUUCAUAUAACAUUGAUGAAGACGAUCUCAUCUUCACUGGGGAACAUGCACAACUUAAUUCAAUCGUUCAAAUAUUUCCCGAAGCAAUAAUAAAAGAACCGAAGGAUUCAGAUGAUAGCAGCUGUAAUAAUCAAGACAAUGAUCAUUUCGAAGAAGAAUUAACAUUCGAAGAGAUUUUUUAUGACAAACUUCAUAAAAAUGCAGACAGUUUGCUUGACUUACAUCUAGAUGUUCCGAAAAUAGCAAUUCUUGAAGAAGGAAAAGUGUCAGAAUCAUCUCUGUUGCUUAUAAAUUCAACUAGGUGGAGUGAAAUGAUAAAAAAUUGUGAUAUCUCAAGUAAAAGUCUUAAUGAACUGCUAUCUCAUCAAGCAUUUUAUCAGAACACAAAAAUAGUGAAAUUUAAUUGCAAACUUUGCAUUUGUUCAUUUAAUAAGAUCUACAGCUAUAUCAAUCAUGUUAUGAAUAAACAUUUACAGCUCGAGCAUUUGCGAUAUUGUUGUUUAAUAUGUGACAUGAUGUUUUAUAGUCUUGUACCUUUAUAUCAUCACGUUAAGAUUAAUCAUCCUGAAUAUAGUCCAAAGAUCUUUCAGUGUUUAAUUUGUGGUCAUUAUUGUGAAGAUUUAGCAGACUUGAAGAAGCAUAAAAGAAUUCAUAAUGAAAGCGAAAAUGCUGAAGAGAUAUCAGAAAUUUCACCAAUGAUAACAGCAACAACGAUGCACAAUGAAGGGACAUUGAAAAACGACGAUGUUUACAAGAACGAAGAUGGGACAGUUGGUAAUGAAGAUCAGUUCGCAAAAUGGUCAGAUUUUCAUAUAAAUUGUUACAUCUGUGAACUUAAAAAUCUGACUCCAAUUGAUUACUUUUCCCAUCAUCAAAACUUUCACAUAGAUUGUUUGAUUCCUGGAAGUCUUCAACCAAGUUUUAAAUUUUCAUGCAAUAAAUGUCAUCAAGAAAAUUUUUCUUCGCUAGCUUCAUUCAGUUCACAUUUAAUUUCAAAACAUGAGCUUCAAGAAUUAAGUUUUCGAUGCAUUGUUUGUUCCAAAAUGUUUUGGAAUUAUGUUGCUUAUUCUCAACAUCUUAAAUCAAUUCAUCCAUCCUUUCAUCACUUUCUCUGCACAAUGUGUGGAAAAAUUUAUAAUGAAUUAUCAGCUUUAAAUCGACAUAUCAAAGAAAUUCAUAAUUCUGGAGAUAAGGAGAAAUAUUUAAGAAAAAGAAAAAUGAAAUCUGAUGAAAGUUUAAGUGAAAAGCGAAUGAAAAAAUCCAAAAUUAUGAAGAAGGAAAGUGAAUCUGAAUUAAAUACUGAUAGUUCAAAAAGUGAAUAUGAAAACGAAUUAAGUUGGGAUGAAGUUUCUUUUAUAAAUAAUCGAAAAGAGAGGAAAAGUAAAAAACAUCAACAGAAAUUAAAUGAAAACUCAAAACGAAGACCAAACAAUCGUCAUCGUCCUGAAAAGCAAACUUUAUUUGGACCUGAACUUGAUACACCUGAAAAACUUUAUAGCAAUGAGAUCAAUGGGAAAUCUGUGUUCACUUCAACAUUGUAUUUAAAUGUGAGUGCAGUUUGUAAGUUAAAUAAUGGUGAAGUAACCGAAGAAGCUGCUGAAUCUCAAGGUUUAAAUUCACUGAGAUGGAAAGAUUUGAUGAUUUGUGCAGUAUGCAAAAUAAAAUUCACAAACAUCAACAGUUUAACUGAACAUAUUGUGAAGAAUCAUGGCAGCAGAACUCGAGCUUUUGGCUGCUUCAAUUGUGAUAUUAAUUAUGGAGCUUUAUAUGAGAGUUCACUAGUGAAUCAUCUCGUCGAACGCCAUUAUCUUGAACAUUUGAAAUUCUGUUGUUUAAUUUGUUCAAAACUCUUCUACGACUUUCUUUCACUUGUUCAACAUUACAAAAGUCAUAAAGGGAAAUUUGAAAUUUUAGUUUGCUUCAUUUGUGGAUUUUAUGCAAAGACUCUUGAUGACUUAAAAGAACAUAAAGCAUAUCAUGUCCAAAUGGAAAACUCAAAACCUGAAAAUCAAACACUUUGUGAAAAAGUUUUACAAAAAUUUAAUGAAGGUUUUGAGUCAAAUACUCUUAACGAGGAUGUUGCUGAUUUCGAGAGACUUCCAGAUGGAACUGUUACUAUUGAAUGUGAGCGUCGUUUCACAAUUGAUUGGAAUUUUGCGCAAUAUCAAUGUCCAUUAUGUCAAGUCACUCAUCCAAAUCCAUUUGAGUUAUUCGUUCAUCUUCGACUGAAACAUCCGAAAGAACAAGAACAGAUAAGAAAGAUUUAUUCUUGUAAUUCUUGUGUGGAAAAGAAAGAUUUUAGUGGCAUGCAUUAUUUUAUUAAUCAUGCAUCUGAUUUUCAUUUUGAAAGUCUUCGAUUUACUUGUGUGGUUUGUUUGAAGCUUUUUUGGAAUUACAUCGCACUGGCGAAUCACUACAAAAAUGUUCAUCCUUCAUUCACAACGGUUUAUUGUUGCCAUUGUGGAAAGUUAUUUCACAGCAUCACUUCCGGUGCAAUACAUUACAAGAAAAUCAUGAUAAUGCUUACUGAAGAAGAGAAAAGAUUGAAGAAGGAAGGUAAAUUAGAAGCUGAAGUUACAAGUCACAUUUGCCAUGUGUGUGGAAAAAGUUGCAAAAAUAAUUAUACAUUAGUGAAACAUAUAACAACACAUGAAGAGCCCGAUCCAUCAAAAAUGCUUCAAUGUCACAUUUGUAGUAAAUUGUUCAACACAAAAAAUAAACUCAAUCAGCAUAUGGUGGGUCAUAAUAAUCUAAGGAAAUGGAAAUGUAAGAUUUGUGAAAUGUCUUUCAAUUUCAAAAAGCUUUUACAAAUGCAUACUCGGGCGGUUCAUGAGAAUGAGAGAUCUUUUGCAUGCAGCUUUUGUGAGAAAAAGUUCUUCAAGAAAUAUGAUUUAACGGUUCAUGUUCGACUCCACACUGGUGACUUUCCUUACGUCUGUCCGGUUCAAGAAUGUGAUUCAAAAUAUCCAGCAUGGAGUAAUUUGUUUAAACAUUGUCAAUCGCGCCAUAAACUUGACAUAAGAUCGGAAGGAUAUAAAAAGCUUAGAGCUUCGGAGAAAACUCAAAAUGAAGAUUUCGUUUCUGAAAUGAAUCUGUGUCGGCUUUGUGGGGAGGAAAAAAGUCCUUUAGAUUUCCACAUUGAGUUGGAAGACCAAGUAAAUCAGACUUGGAGUUAUCGUGAUCUUAUCGAAUAUCAUACUCGAGUUUCUCUAAAUUGCUAUAAACUUCUUCCACAAAGUAUUUGUGAAGAAUGUCGAGAACAUGUUGAAAAGUUUGCAGAAUUCAGUAAAAAAGUACAUGAAAUACAAAACAACUACGACGUUGAACAUCAUGAAUCUCAAACAUUAAAAGAAAAUGUUGAAGAAGUUAAUUUGUAUGAUUGUUUAGAUAUUAAACAUAACACUGAUCUAGUUGUUAAAGACUCAAAAGAAGAAAAAUCACGUAAAUCUCCACGGAAACGGCCACGAAAUGAAAAACAAACUUCGCUAACUGUGGAGAGCAUUUUCAACAACAUUGUUCUUAACGCUAAAUCAUUUGAUGAAAAGGAUUAUCAACUUAAUGAAAACGGAGAAAUAUUGGAUGGUUCAUUAUUUUCAAAGAACCUCGUGAAAUGGACAGAUUUUGACAUUAAAAUUAAUUAUGACUCAAAAAAUGACUUAACAUGCUCCAUAUGCUCCAACAGCUUUCACGAAGUCUAUAAAUUAUUAAAUCACAUUGUUAACAAUCAUCCAGAAGCUGAAUAUUUGAGGCAUUCAUGUUUAUUUUGUUUUAGAGUAUUCUUUGAUUUAAAAUUUCUUUUUCAACAUUUUAAAGAAUAUCAUAAAGAUGAAUCUUUAAACAUUUAUCAAUGUUGGACGUGCGGAGAUUACGAAAAAUCAAUUCAAUCAUUACAGCAACAUGCAAAUGGACAUUUGCCAGAAACAAAUAAAGAUUCACGCAAUAGCAAUUAUUUGUCACCAUCAACACGAUCAAAACGAAAGAAAAUUUCAGUUGUUUCGAUCAAUAAUGAGCAAAAAGAUUUUGAAAGAGAUUUUCAUGAAUCGGAAAGUGAAUAUUAUGAAAGUUCAAGUUGUGAAGAUUAUGAAAAACCAAAAGGAUGCCGACAAAAAGGCGAAGUGAAAUUGUAUGGAAGAAAAAGAAAGAAAUUAACAAAGAACUUGUUCGGUAAAGAAAUCGACACAUUUGAAAAACUUUUCUCUGAUGAAAUUAACAAAACAUCGUCAAAUCUUCAUCUUAAUAUUAAUUACGAUUCACUGUUUAAUGAAGGUGAAAUACCAGAAAGUUAUUUGGUCAAAGUUAGUGAAAUCAGAUGGCGAGAUUUACUAAAUUGUGGUGCUUGCAAAAUUCCUUUUGUGAAUAUAAACGAUCUUUUGGAUCAUUCUGAAAUGAAACAUAAUUCAAGAGAGAAAUUAUUUCACUGCACACUUUGCAAUGGUGAAUUUACCGGAUCAUGUGAAAGUCUUCUAAUUAAUCAUCUUGUUGAUCGACACUUUUAUGAACAUUUGAAAUUCUGCUGUCUUGUAUGUUCCAAAUUAUUUUAUGAUUUACUUUCGCUUGUUAAACAUUACAAAACUCAUAAUGGAAAAUUUGAACUUUUGGUCUGUCUUAUUUGUGGAUGGUAUGCAAAGUCACUUGAAGAUCUUAAAGAUCAUAAAGUUUAUCAUAUGUUAUCAGAAAAAUCAGAGAAUCAAAAGCUAUGUGAACUUGUGUUUGAAAAGUUUAAUUCGCAAUCAGAACCAUCAAUAAGCAAUUUAUGUGUAGCUGAAUUUGAGAAGCUUCCUGAUGGAACGGUGACUGAUGAAUGUCAAAGAAGAUUCACUUUAGAUUGGAGUUUUGGUAGCUUUCAAUGCUCCACAUGCAUCUUAAGUUUCACAACACCUUUCGACUUGUACGUCCAUCACCGAUUGAAACAUUCAAAAGAAAGUGACAAGAAAAUUUAUUCAUGCACUUUAUGCAGUGAUAAAAAGGAUUACGGAAAUAUUUUUACAUUUGUUAAUCACGCAACUGCUAAGCAUCUCGAUAAUGCCAAAUUUUGUUGCAUUGUUUGCUCAAAAAUUCAUUGGAAUUAUUUAACAUUGGCAAAUCAUUACAGAAAUGUUCAUUCAAAUUUUCCCUGCGUCUUCUGUUGCCAUUGUGGUAAAAUAUUUAUGAAUGUCACGGUGGCUGCUUCGCACUUCAAAGCAUUAAAUCUCUUAAGGACACCUGAAGAAAGAAAAUUAUUAAAGGAAGGAAAAAUAAGCGAAGAAAAAAAUCACAUUUGCCAUGUUUGUGCGAGAAACUUCAAAAAUCGCGGAACACUUUUAAAUCAUGUUAAAACUCAUGAGACUUUAGAACCGUCAGAUCUUCUCCAGUGUCACAUUUGUAGUAAAUUCUAUAAAAAUAAAUACAAACUUGCACAGCACAUGGUUUGCCAUGAAGAUCUUCGCAGUUGGAAAUGUAAAGUUUGUGGACUUGCCUUUAACUAUAAGAAACUUAUGCUUCGACAUAUUCAAGCUGUUCAUGAAAACGAACGCCCAUUUGGUUGCACAUUUUGUGAAAAGAGGUUUAAUUCCAAAUAUGAUUUAACAGUUCAUGUUCGACUUCAUACGGGUGAAUAUCCCUACGAAUGUCCAGUUCAGGAUUGUGUCGCAAAAUAUCCAGCAUGGAGUAAUUUAUUUAAACAUUAAACAUCAAACAAUAUUAAUAAAAUGAGUGUUUGUCGGCUUUGUGGAGAACAAAAAGAUUUUUUCGAACUCAAUAUAGAACUAAAUGAUGAAACGAGUUCACAAUGGACAUUUAAAGAAUUGGUGGAACACCAUACCAGAGUUAUACUUGAAGGAGACAAACUUUUACCACAAGCAGUGUGUGAUGUAUGCAGGAAUCAAAUUGAAAUAUUUGCAAAAUUCUCAUCAAAUAUUCAUUCAGUACAAACAAAACUUAGAACUGAAAAAGAAGAAAAAUCCAUUGACACUUCACAAAUAGAAUUUAUGGAAUGUUUUCUUAAACUUGAACAAUAUGAAGUUAAUAAUUUAGUUAACGUUUAUGACAAAGUUGAAAUUCCAAUUGAAUAUCAAGAUCAAAGAAACGAAAAUUCCAUUGACAUUCCACAUAUAAAAAGUAAGGAAUGUUUUGUAAGACUUGAACGAUGUGAAGUUGAUAACUUAAUACUAAUUACUGACAAAGAUGACAUUUUAAGUGAAGACCAAGAUGGUGCUAUAAUAAAUACCAGAAGAUUUCGUAAGAGAACCAGAACAAAAGGAACUGACUUAGAAAAAUCAUCAACCAAAACUAGAACCAGAGUUUAUAAGAAAAAAAUUUCUACUAUAUCACAAUUGAAUUCAGAUUUAUCUGAGAUAAGUGAUGACGAAAGUAUAAAUAAGAAUCCAAGCAAAUCUGAGACAGAAUCUUCAAGGAAUGUGUUUGGCUCUGAAAUUAAGUCUUAUGAAGAGCUUUUCAAAGAUGAAAUUGAAGGCAACUCAAGAUAUAAACUUUAUUUACAUCUGAAUGUUGACGAGAGCUUUAAACUUCCAAAUGGAGAAAUUCAAGCAGAAGUUGUUGAUAAAUAUUUUCCCCUAAGAUGGAAAGACAUUUUAAUGUGCUCGAUCUGCAAAAAGAAAUUUGAAAAUAUCGAUGAAUUAGAAGAUCAUGGGAACCAAAACCAUGACAGAAAGAAAUGGAAAAUUAUGAGCUCAAAACACGAAGAUUUUCCGGGAAAAAGAGAUUUCACAAAAUUCAUAAAUCACAUAGUAAAUUAUCUUUUCUACGAAGAUUUGAGAUUUUGUUGUGUUUUGUGUUCAAAAAUGUUUUAUGAUUGUCUAUCAAUUGUCGAGCAUUACAGAACUCACGGCAAGAAAUAUUCGAAUGUGAUGGUGUGCUGUAUCUGUGGAAUCUACAGAAGAACUUUGAGAGACAUGAAAUAUCAUAAAACUGUUCACGUACUGAAAGUGUGGAAAGUAAAUCAUCAGCCGUGUGAAGAGGUUCACCAAAAACAUAAGGAAAUGCCCGAAAUGAAUAAAAUAAAUCCACAGGUAGCUGAACAUGAGAGAUUACCUGGAGGAACAGUUACUGAUGAAUGUCAAAAAAGACUUGCUGUUGAUUGGAGUUUUGGAAACUUUGAAUGUUCAAAAUGCAUCUUGAAUUUCACAACACUUUUUGAUUUUUAUAUUCAUCAGCGAUUGAAGCAUCCACAAGAAGUUAAAAAGAAAAUUUAUUCAUGCACUUUAUGCAGCGACAAAAAGAACUUCCGGAAUAUUUGCACUUUUUUGAAUCAUUUAAAAACAAAAGGCCAUUUCGAAUAUUCUGAAUUUUGUUGCGUUCUGUGUUCAAAAGUUCAUUGGAAUUAUUUUGCGAUGGCAGAUCAUUACAGAAAUGUUCAUUCGAUGUUUUCCUGCAUCUUCUGUUGCCAUUGCGGGAAAGUAUCUUCAAAUGUUGCGUCAUUUGUUGUACAUAUCAAAUCUUUAAACCUUUUGAAAACACCUGAAGAAAGUCACAUUUGCCAUGUUUGUGCUAAAAUUUUCUAUCUUCGCAAAACACUUGAUAAUCAUCUUAAAACUCAUGAUACUUUGCAACCAUCGGAUCAUGUUCAGUGUCACAUUUGUAGUAAAUUCUACAAAAAUAAAUACGGACUGGCACAGCAUAUGAUUUACCAUAAAGAUCUUCGCAAUUGGAAGUGUAAAAUUUGUGGAAUUUCCUUUAACCAAAAAAGUUUUUUGAGUCGACAUACCAAAGCUGUUCAUGAAAACAAACGUCCAUUUGGUUGUACAUUUUGUGAAAAGAGAUUUAAUACUAAAGCCGAUUUGAAAGUUCAUGUUCGACUCCACACGGAACUAAAUGAUGAAACGAGUUCACAAUGGACAUUUAAAGAAUUGGUGGAACACCAUACCAGAGUUAUACUUGAAGGAGACAAACUUUUACCACAAGCAGUGUGUGAUGUAUGCAGGAAUCAAAUUGAAAUAUUUGCAAAAUUCUCAUCAAAUAUUCAUUCAGUACAAACAAAACUUAGAACUGAAAAAGAAGAAAAAUCCAUUGACACUUCACAAAUAGAAUUUAUGGAAUGUUUUCUUAAACUUGAACAAUAUGAAGUUAAUAAUUUAGUUAACGUUUAUGACAAAGUUGAAAUUCCAAUUGAAUAUCAAGAUCAAAGAAACGAAAAUUCCAUUGACAUUCCACAUAUAAAAAGUAAGGAAUGUUUUGUAAGACUUGAACGAUGUGAAGUUGAUAACUUAAUACUAAUUACUGACAAAGAUGACAUUUUAAGUGAAGACCAAGAUGGUGCUAUAAUAAAUACCAGAAGAUUUCGUAAGAGAACCAGAACAAAAGGAACUGACUUAGAAAAAUCAUCAACCAAAACUAGAACCAGAGUUUAUAAGAAAAAAAUUUCUACUAUAUCACAAUUGAAUUCAGAUUUAUCUGAGAUAAGUGAUGACGAAAGUAUAAAUAAGAAUCCAAGCAAAUCUGAGACAGAAUCUUCAAGGAAUGUGUUUGGCUCUGAAAUUAAGUCUUAUGAAGAGCUUUUCAAAGAUGAAAUUGAAGGCAACUCAAGAUAUAAACUUUAUUUACAUCUGAAUGUUGACGAGAGCUUUAAACUUCCAAAUGGAGAAAUUCAAGCAGAAGUUGUUGAUAAAUAUUUUCCCCUAAGAUGGAAAGACAUUUUAAUGUGCUCGAUCUGCAAAAAGAAAUUUGAAAAUAUCGAUGAAUUAGAAGAUCAUGGGAACCAAAACCAUGACAGAAAGAAAUGGAAAAUUAUGAGCUCAAAACACGAAGAUUUUCCGGGAAAAAGAGAUUUCACAAAAUUCAUAAAUCACAUAGUAAAUUAUCUUUUCUACGAAGAUUUGAGAUUUUGUUGUGUUGUGUGUUCAAAAAUGUUUUAUGAUUGUCUAUCAAUUGUCGAGCAUUACAGAACUCACGGCAAGAAAUAUUCGAAUGUGAUGGUGUGCUGUAUCUGUGGAAAAUACAGAAGAACUUUGAGAGACAUGAAAUAUCAUAAAACUAAGCACGUACUGCAAAAAUGGAAAGCAAGUUAUCAAAUGUGUGAACAGAUUUAUCAGAAUCAGAAGGAAAUGCCCGAAAUGAAUAAAAUAAAUCCACAAGUAGCUGAACAUGAGAGAUUACCUGGAGGAACAGUUACUGAUGAAUGUCAAAAAAAACUUGCUGUUGAUUGGAGUUUUGGAAACUUUAAAUGUUUAAAAUGCAUCUUGAAUUUCACAACUCCUUCUGAUUUUUAUAUUCAUCGGCGAUUGAAGCAUCAUCAAGAAGUCGAAAAGAGACUUUACUCGUGCACUUCAUGCAGCGGUAAAAAAGAUUAUGGAAAUAUUUGCACUUUUUUCAAUCAUUUAAAAACAAGACAACAUUUCGAAUAUUCUGAAUUUUGUUGCGUUCUGUGUUCAAAAGUUCAUUGGAAUUAUUUUGCGAUGGCAGAUCAUUACAGAAAUGUUCAUUCGAUGUUUUCUUACAUCUUCUGUUGCCAUUGCGGGAAAGUAUUCGUGGAUAAAGUGGCAUUUGUUAUGCAUAUCAAAUCUUUAAACCUUUUGAGAACACAUGUAGGCAGACAAUUAUUAAAAGAAGGAAAAAUCGUUGAAGGAGAAAGGCACGUUUGCCAUGUUUGUGCGAAAAUUUUCCAAAAUCGUGGAAGGCUCUUGGUUCAUCUUAAAACUCAUGAAGCAAUCGAGCCAUCAAAACUUCACCAAUGCCCUAUUUGUAGUAAAAUCUACAAAAGUAAAUACAAACUUGCAGAGCAUACGAUUGUUCAUAAAGAUCUUCGUAAUUGGAAAUGUAAAAUUUGUGGAAAUUCCUUCAACUUCAAAAAGUAUCUGGAUCGACAUACCAAAUCUGUUCAUGAAAACGAACGUCUAUAUGGUUGUUCAAUCUGUGAAAAAAGAUUUAAUUCUAGUUCCGAUUUAAGAGUUCAUGUUCGACUCCACACGGGUGAUUUUCCCUACGAAUGUCCAGUUCAAGAUUGCGAUUCAAAAUAUCCAGCAUGGAGUAAUUUAUUUAAACAUUGUCAAUCGCGUCAUAAGCUUGACAUAAGAUCGGAAGGAUAUAAAAAGUUUCAAGCUACAAGAAAAUCUCAUGAAGACGAAUAUGAUUCAGAAUAA